CCUUAUCGGCCUUCGGAAACGUCUGCGAUAAAUUAGCUAUUGUUGUGCUGGAAGCCAGGCUUGCUUCGACUCGGGACGCUAGUCUGGUUAACGAGUGCGUCCAGGAAAGACGUAGAAGGCGCUCGUCCCGGAUUUGUGACUGGUUUUCGACGCUGCCUAGGUCUGCAACUGUGAUUCUCGAGGCGAUGGCGGAUGUGGAUACCAGCUUCUUGGAUCUCAGCACCGACCACGACCUCUUCAUCCGGACCCUGGGCCAAAUCCAGCCCAACCGCCUCGAAUGCCUGGACUUAGAGGCCACCGACGUGCAGAAGUACAGCGACGAUGGGGAAGGAGCCUUGCCUUACCUCCAGUACGGCGUGUCAACCCCGACGUACUGCCCAGACACCUCCGUUAGCAACUUCGAAGACUCCAGCAGCUCGCUCUUCCGUAACCAGGACUACGGGGGUUCUCUGCAAGGCUUCCGGGAGUAUGUUGGCACGCCGCCUCUCGCUCAAGGAGAGGGGCCUACCGUACCUUUUCUGGAGAUGACCUCUAUUCCAGGUAAGAUGUCUAUAACGGGGCAUAACUUGCAGUCAAAGUGCAAUUCUUUUCAGACAAAAUAAAAAAUUCAAGCUAUGCAAGGCAGACAUAAGUGCAGUUCUUUUCAUACAAGAACGAUACUGACGUCUAUUCUCUCUAGUA